AUGACUUAUUCCACUGAAUAUGAUGCCCUUAUUGCUAUAAGUGAAGGGCGAGAAGGAACCCAAAAUAUUCUGUCUCAAAUGAGACGAGUAUUUUCGGUAGAAGACCCAACUCAGGGUUCUACCGAAAUCCAAAAUUCUGCAUAUAGGGACCUGGAAAAAUUAUCUUGUGAUAAUGUUAAAAAUAUUAUUCAGUACAUCAAUGAUUAUAUAAGAUUAGCAGCAAAGACAGGAAGACUUUAUGCAGGACCAGAGCUAUCAGAGAAAUUCUGGUUAAAGAUACCCGGUGAUCUGGGGAAUAGAAUUAAGGUGGCUUUUGAAGCAAAGCAUCCAGGCCUAACCUCAGAUUCUUAUUCCAGGAUAUUAUCAGAAACCUGGAGCAAAGAAAGUCGACGUAAGAUAGUCAAAAACCUACAAAGACAAGAAGGUCAUUUCGCCAAAGACUGUCCAAACGAAAGAAGAAAUGUUAAAAGAGUUGCUAUCUUUGAGCAACUUGAAUUACCAGAUGAUUGCGAUAUCCUCUUUGUACAAGAGGGAGAGUUGUGGAUUCUAGGAGACCCCAUAAAAAUCGAAGGUUCUGAGUUCUCUGAUACAAGGGCUAUAUUCAUUUGUAACCAUGCUUCACCAAUAGAUAUCUUUCUUGUUUUGUGGUUGACCCCAAUUGGCACUGUGGGCAUAGCAAAAAAAGAGAUUAUUUGGUAUCCACUCCUUGGCCAGCUGUAUGUGUUGGCAAACCAUCUCCGUAUUGAUCGCUCCAACCCUACUGCCGCAAUUGAAUCACUGAAAGAGGCAGCUCGUGCAGUCAUGGACAACAACCUUUCCCUUAUCAUCUUUCCAGAAGGUACUCGAUCAAGAUUCGGAAGGCUUCUUCCAUUUAAGAAGGGUUUCAUCCGCAUAGCACUGCAGACACGACUGCCAAUAGUUCCGAUGAUUCUCAUCGGCACACAUUCAGCUUGGAGGAAGGGUAGUUUGAGGGUUCGACCGACACCUAUCACCGUAAAGUAUCUUCCUCCAAUGGCGACAAGUGAUUGGAGGAGUGAAAAUAUGAAUGAAUACGUCGAAUUAAUUCAAGCAUUGUAUGUCAAACACUUACCAGACUGUCAGAAGCCAUUGACAUCAGAUGCCAGUUAG